ACAACAUUUUUCACUACUAAAUAGCCACAUUCAAUUGUUGAGAGUGCUAAUUAUUAAGUUUGAAAAAAUGGCUAAGUUUGGUGCAUACUCAAUUGCCCUUGUUCUCACAUUGAACAUUCUUUUCUUCACUAUGGUUAGUUCCACUAAUGUCCCAUGCCCACCACCCCCACACCCCAAACCCCACCCUACCCCUACCCCCUCUACCCCAUCAACCCCAUCAUCAAAGGGUAAGUGUCCAAAGGACACACUAAAGCUAAAAGCUUGUGCCAAUUUGUUGGGUGACUUAGUACACCUUGUUAUUGGAAGUAGCCCAGCCAAGACUAAAUGUUGCUCUUUAAUUGAAGGACUUGCUGACCUUGAUGCUGCUGUUUGCCUUUGCACUGCCCUUAAAGCAAAUGUGUUGGGAAUUAACCUAAAUGUUCCCCUUUCCCUCAGCUUGUUGCUCAACAACUGUGGAAAAUAUGCACCCAAGAACUUCCAAUGUGCAUAAGCCAUUGGUUUUUUCAUUUCCUACAUAAUUCAGAAUUUUUCCUUCAGUGGUUUGUUAUGUUGAUUGUUUAUGGUUGCUUAUUUGUCAGGAAUAAAUAUUUUUUUAUUAUAAUUGGGUAAGAAAUUAAAGUAGCUAGGCAUUGUUGCCUUGUUUUCAAUCCCUUGUAUCCAUUUUGAAUUUGUAAUAAAUUUGACAUCUACAAGUGAAAUGUUAUGGUUA